CAUAUAAUUAAGCACAAAAUCAUAUCUAAUUUUUUUUUUUUUGCUAAUUAAGCACAAAAUCAUAUCUAAUUAAUAUUGUUAAGCAUGCAAGGUAUAUCCGUUGAGAGAUCACACUCAAGUGUUGAACAAAUUCAGCCCCCAACUUAUGGGAACUUAAUUACCAUUCUCAGCAUUGAUGGAGGUGGUAUUAGGGGCAUUAUUCCAGCUACCAUUCUUGAAUUCCUUGAAUCUCAAUUUCAGGAGUUAGAUGGUGAAGAUGCAAGACUCGCAGACUAUUUUGAUGUGAUAUCAGGAACAAGCACUGGAGGCCUUGUAACUGCUAUGUUAACUGCUCCAGAUCAAAAUAAUCGUCCACUUUUUGCUGCUAAAGAUAUCAAACCAUUUUACUUGGAACACUGUCCAAAAAUUUUCCCACAACCUAGGGGGCUAUGUAAAACAUUACUGGCAAAGGUAAUAAAAUCAUUGCUGAGAGGACCAAAGUAUGAUGGGAAAUACUUACAUAAAGUGGUUAGAGAGAAGCUUGGAGACAUUAGUUUAAAUGAGACAAUUACCAAUGUUGUCAUUCCCACUUUUGAUAUCAAGUCCUUGCAACCAACUAUAUUCUCAUCUUAUCAGAUUAAGAGUAGUCCUAGCUUGGAUGCUAAAUUAUCCGAUAUAUGCAUUAGCACAUCAGCUGCACCAACCUAUCUCCCUGCUCAUCACUUCACUACCAAAGAUGCAAAUGGAAAUCCACAUGAAUUCAAUCUCAUCGAUGGUGGUGUUUGUGCCAAUAAUCCGACAUUAGUUGCGAUGAAUCAAGUGACAAAGCAAAUUCUUGAUGAAAAUGUUGAUUUCUUUCCAAUCAAGGCUGCGGAAUAUCGUCGGUUUUUAAUAAUUUCAAUAGGAACUGGGACAGCCAAAAAUGAAGAAAAAUUCAAUGCAAAAAUGGCAGCAAAAUGGGGGCUUUUGGAUUGGUUUAUUCAUAGUGGCUCCACUCCUCUAAUUGAUGUUUUCUCUCAAUCAAGUGGUGAUAUGGCUGAUUUUCAUUUAGCUACUCUCACUCAAGCACUUCAUUUAGAACAUAAUUACCUUCGAAUUCAGGAUGACACAUUGACUGGAACUGAUGCUUCCGUUGACAUUUCCACCAAAAAGAAUUUGGAGAGGCUUAGUCAAAUUGGUGAAAAUUUAUUGAAGAAAUCAGUCUCUAGGAUUAAUUUAGAGAAUGGUAGGUUUGAGCCAAUCAAAAAUGGAGGAACAAAUGAAGAUGCACUCAAAAGGUUUGCCAAAAUACUUUCGCAAGAGAGAAGUCUUCGUGACGUGAGAUCCCCACACACUAAAAAGACCCAUCGCUAGUGCCUUUUCUUCAUCUUAUGUUUUGGUAAAGAAAAAAAAACAUUUAAUUCUAUUAAGUUCAUUGAUGAUUUCAGUUAUUGUUCAGAUCGAUUUGUUAUUAGUUGUUUCAAAAAUUAUUAAUAAAAUUUAGAAUACAUUUGAGAUUUAAGAUUUUUCAUAGAGGUCAAG